AUGGGUAUCAAGGGGCUCAUUGGAUUUCUAAGUGAAACGGCGCCCGGUGCGCUCAGUGAUGUCUCUUUGGAUAGCUUAUCGGGCACAACAGUCGCAAUCGAUGCUUCAACGGCGCUAUACCAGUUUACGAUCGCCAUACGAGAAGGAAGCUACCUAUCAUCCCUCCAUAACGAAAAGGGAGAAUCAACAUCACAUAUCGCAGGAUUGAUUAACAGGUCUCUAAAACUAUUAGAAACGGGUAUUAAACCUAUUUUCGUAUUCGAUUCAACACCGCCAGAAGCUAAACUACAAACGCUCGCAAAGAGAAAGGAGUUGAGGCAGGAAGCCGAAGCUGCACUGGCACAGGCCAAAGAAAGUGAUGAUAAGGAAGCCAUUAAAAAAUACGUCGGAAGAACUGUUCACAUCUCGAAGCAGGAAAACGAUAGCGCAAAACAACUAUUGCGUUUGAUGGGAGUGCCAGUUGUUGAGGCUGAAGAAGAAGCGGAAGCUCAGUGCGCAUAUUUAGUCAAACAGGGUCUGGCUGAUGCCGUUGCUACGGAAGACGCUGAUGCUUUGGUGUUCGGUUGUGGAACACUCUUGAAGAAUCUUACCGCCAGCAACAAAAAGAUCGUUAAGGUCGAAUUACCAAAGGUCCUUCAACUCCUCAAACUAAGCCACGAAGAGUUCACAGACUUCUGUAUAUUGUGUGGAUGUGACUACUGCGGCACACUCUAA